UGCCACUCGAUUUGGGAUGACAUAUUUCCUUAUUUUUUUCCCAUCUGCCUAUACGGCUGUACCUGUUAUACCAAAAAAAUAGGGCGUCUCUCAUUCCGUCCCAAAUCCGGUCUCACCAACGAAGUCAGACGCUACAAGCACACAUACCCUUCAGCGAUCCCCUCCGGCAGUCCCCACGAUAGAUGGCUAGAAACCAAUACAAGCCAAAUGGUUCCCCCCGCUGGAGAGCGUGAAAUGUGAAGGCCUCACAACCGUUUCAUUGGCGGCAAUUCCACUCCGAGAAACCACCGUCCCGCAGAUCUGGCCCAGGCUAAUACUAUUUCGUCGCCCGUCUUGCGUUCCAAGAGGCGAAUUCUGGUAAACUGCCUAUGCCGCCGGACCAUCUGCUGCUGCCGUAAGGCUUGAGACACGUCGAGCCAAACAAACCGGCCUAGGUAUAGGGGGAUUGAACUGGGACAGGUUACCCGUCUAGUACCUAGGUAGCAUCUCGAUCUGCCUACCACCGGGUACAGUGGCCAUACCUGACCGAGGCCCUUUGUAUCGCUGUGUCCCCCUCUGCCCCCUCUUUGUCCGGUUUGCCUGCUCUUCCUCUAUCGAUGUCUUCCGUACUCUCCACUGGGAACGCGCCAGCGCAGCGAGUUCCAGCAUGGAAGCGAUUGGGCCUCAAGCUCAAGCCCGCGUCUGACGAGCCGAGCCAGGACGCUACCCUACCUACAAGCACAGCCGCUGUGCCGGUGCCCAACCAUCGUCGGGAAAAUCCCGCGAGCCCUACCAAUCCCGGCACGAAGAGAAAAUCUUCUGGCGUUCCUGCAUUAGACCAUUCGGUGAAGAAGGCCAAGCGGGACGUCCCCCCAAAUCAGACUCCUCCCUCUCAGACUCCUAAGAAGGUUAAAUCUGUCUCCUUCGCACCCGAAUCUGCCACGGAGGACCGGUCUUCGCCGACAGCCGCAACAAACGCACGCCUCCCCAAGAAGAAAAACCAGGCGCCUCCCCGGAGAACCACCGAGACCCCGGGAAAACGGGCCAAGAAACAGGCUUCGGUCAACCUGGAACCGGCGCUCGCGUACCUACGGCAGUGGCACUCGUCUAGGGACACCUGGAAAUUCAACAAGAACCACCAGACCAAGCUGCUAGAGCAGAUUUUCGCCGACGAGACCACCAUCCCGGCCGCCGACAUCCACCUAUUCUACGAGUACAUCCGGGGGCUGAAAGGGGCCGUCAGGACGAGGCUCAGGGAACUGGCGUCCGGCAUCAAAUCCCAGGACAUGGAGCAGGGUCCGGACGGCUUCUCGGCGUCGAGGAAGGAGGCCGCCGAGCGGAAGUAUAGGGAAUACGAGGGCGUCAUCGCGGCCUUCCUGAGCGAGCCCAGGGAACCGGGAAAGCGGCGUUUCAACGAGGUCGACUACGUGCUCCGGACCGCCGACAUGGAGAUGCAGCGCCGCGUCGUCAAGCGCAUGCGCACCCAGAUGGUCCUCGACGAGCUGUCCGACAGCGAGGGGGCCGAGACGGCGUCGACCACGGCUACCGCCACCACCACCACGGCCGGGGACUCCGGGUACGCGGCUAGCAGUAGCGCCACCGCCGCCGACCGCGCCGAGAGCGAGAAGCGCCUCCGGCUCAACGACGCGCCCCCGCAGCGGACAAAGCGGCGUCGGAAGGCGCGGACGGCGACGGUCGAGGACGAGGAGGACGAGGCCACCGCCUCAGAGGACGCGUCGUCGUCGUCUUCUUCCGAGUCAUCCGACUCCGAUAGCGAAACGGACGCUGGCGCGGCCCGCGGCAACACCCGAAGCGGCGGCGGGAGCAGCUCCAGCUCCAGCUCCAGCUCCUCCGAGGAUUCCGAGGCGGAAGAUGAGCCGCCGUCGCGGCCGCGGCGGCCGCGGCGGAACGAGGCUGACACCUCGUCUAGUAGCUCCUCCUCGUCCGAGGCGUCGGACACGGGCUCGGGUUCCGAGGACGAAGACGAUGACGACGGAGACUAAUAGCCGGCCAGAUUGGUACCGAGCGUGCGUGUAUUCUGCAGCUAACCAUAGAUUAUGUGUGACGCGCUACCUCGUGCUUCCGCGCGUGCGUGUGUGGGCUAAGAUAACGGCAACGAAUAAUUACUAUUACUACUACGGUUACUGCAUUUACCAAGGCGAGAAAUGACAAACAAGAUACCCGGAUUAACACGAUGGCAUGCUUGAACAAGGGAAUAUAGAGCGGGAGCUAAGCGCAA